AAAAAAAUCUGAAAUUGGUUGAAUAUGUGAUGGCAUGAAACCACAAAAUUUGGUCUUUCUUCGUUUUCUUAUUUUCCUCAUGUAAAGUUUUAAUAUUUAUCAAAACAUGUCUCUUUAAUUCCAAGAUACCUUUAUAGUUUAUACAUUACAUAGAAAAUAUUUUACGUUAUUUCAUAUUUCCAUUAUUAUCUCAUGUUUUUAGUUAUUAACAAGCCCCCUCUUGCGGAAUCAGAAUUGAAGAGUGGAUAUAGGUGAUUCUGCCACGUUUGGGAAUCUCCGACCUCGAAUAGUGUAGCCGUAGAUAAUGGCGUGUGGGUUUCCAUCCCGUCUAUGCCAACUACUCUUUUCUUGGAGUCUCCCCACUCACCGAUAACUUAAAAUCUUGGUGUUUGUUUAUCCACUUCAACAAUCUCUACUCAUCUAAUCUAAUCUCGAUCUCCAUCCUUCAAAAUGGGAAAGGAAUCCACGACACCAACACUGGAUAUAUCGGAACCAUUGCUCCACGAAUCAUCCAAUUCCACUACAGAAACAGAAACCAUACCAGAAUGGAAAGAUCAAAUCACUUUGAGGGGUUUGGUCGUGAGUGCUUUGUUGGGGACGCUUUUUUGCAUCAUUACGCACAAGCUCAAUCUCACUGUCGGAAUCAUCCCUUCCUUAAACGUCGCUGCUGGCUUACUCGGUUUUUUCUUCGUCAAAUCAUGGACUACUUUUCUAGAAAAUUUCGGAUUCUCUGUUCGCCCUUUCACCCGGCAAGAGAACACCGUCAUUCAGACUUGCGUUGUUGCUUGCUAUGGCCUCGCUUUUAGCGGUGGAUUUGGAUCCUAUUUGCUGUCUAUGGACGAGAGAACAUACAACUUAAUCGGUUCGGAUUACCCUGGUAAUCGGGCUGAAGACGUUAAGAAUCCAGGAUUGUUGUGGAUGACUGGCUUUCUUUUUGUUGUCAGUUUUCUCGGCCUUUUCAGUCUUGUUCCUCUUCGUAAGGUUAUGGUUAUGGAUUAUAAGCUUACAUACCCAAGUGGAACUGCCACUGCCAUGUUAAUCAACAGUUUCCACACUACUACUGGUGCUGACCUUGCAAGGAAACAGGUAAGCUGUCUUGGAAAGUAUCUAAGCAUAAGCUUUGUCUGGAGUUGCUUUAAAUGGUUCUUUGGUGGUAUUGGUGAUUCAUGUGGAUUUGAUAAUUUUCCAAGUCUUGGGUUGACACUGUUCAAGAAUACGUUUUACUUUGACUUCAGUCCUACUUAUAUUGGAUGUGGUCUUAUUUGCCCACACAUAGUCAACUGCUCUGUUCUGUUUGGCGCCAUUGUAUCCUGGGGCUUUCUUUGGCCCUACAUUUCCACUCGUGCAGGUGAUUGGUAUCCAGCUGAUCUAGACAGCAAUGACUUCAAAGGUCUCUAUGGAUACAAGGUGUUCAUAGCUAUUUCCCUUAUUCUUGGAGAUGGGCUUUACAAUUUGGUGAAGAUAAUAUUGAUCUCCAUUAACGCUGUGUGGAACAACACUACCAAAACCAAACAAGAUCUCCCUGUGAAUGUAAGAAAAGAGUUACCAGAGUCUGAGAUCUCCAAGUCACAACUAGAGCAACAGAAGAGGGAUGAAGUUUUUCUGAAAGACGGAAUACCAACAUGGUUUGCAGGGUGUGGGUAUGUAGGGUUGGCUGCAAUAUCAACAGCUACAAUGCCGCUUAUAUUCCCACCCCUCAAAUGGUACCUGGUGCUGUGUUCAUACAUAAUCGCCCCUGCCCUAGCUUUCUGCAACUCCUACGGAACCGGUCUCACAGACUGGAGUUUAGCUUCAACGUACGGAAAAAUCGGUCUCUUCAUCAUCUCUUCGUUAGUCGGAAGCAAUGGAGGGGUAUUAGCAGGGUUAGCAGCAUGUGGUGUUAUGAUGUCGAUCGUCUCAACCGCCGCCGAUCUGAUGCAGGAUUUCAAAACCGGUUACCUGACAUUAUCAUCAGCCAAAUCGAUGUUCGUGAGUCAACUAGUCGGAACCGCCAUGGGCUGCAUCAUUGCACCGCUCACAUUCUGGAUGUUUUGGACCGCCUUUGAGAUCGGGACACCGGAUAGUCCGUACAAGGCACCGUAUGCAGUUAUAUACAGGGAGAUGGCGAUUCUCGGAGUGGAGGGUUUCUCUCAGCUUCCGAAUCAUUGUUUGGCGUUAUGUUGUGGGUUCUUUGUGGCGGCGUUGGUUUUGAACGUGCUACGGGACUGGUCUCCUUCGAAGAUCUCCCGGUUCAUUCCUAUUCCGAUGGCGAUGGCGGUGCCGUUCUAUAUCGGAGCUUAUUUUGCAAUCGACAUGUUUGUUGGGACUGUGAUUUUGUUUGUGUGGGAGCGAUUGAAUAAAAAAGAGUCUGAAGAUUAUGCAGGAGCGGUUGCUUCAGGGUUGAUUUGUGGGGAUGGGAUAUGGACGAUACCAUCCGCAAUACUCUCCAUUUUCAGGAUCGAUCCCCCCAUCUGCAUGUACUUUGGGCCUUCCGUUACCGGUUGAGUCAGCAGCACCCACCAAGUAGCCAAACUGUUUGCUAGUAUUACUUUAUACUAGAAAAGAAACAGCAUUUUAGAUAUGGAGUUUUUGUACAAAAAUAAAUGAAAUCAAUUCCCCACUGCUCUUUUUUCUCGCAUUUUUCGCCGGAAAAUGAUAACCAACAAGAUAGUUUCUCAUUAAAAAAACAAACAUAAACUGCCAGCAAAUGAAAACAACCAAACACGAUUUGAAUAUAUUGACAGAUUCUUCCUACCGUGAGUUUGGUUUGCUCAUUGGAAUAUGAAUACAACCAAACAAUUUGGAAAUCGAAAAGGAAAUUGUUGGAAAUGCACAACGUUCAUAGAUCAUGUGCCAAACAUUUAAUCACUAAUCAGUGUCUUAUAACUUGGAAAUUUGGAGGGGGAGGGGUUGUUUAACAGACGAUACCAAGGGUUGUGAUCAAUGGGUUCGUCGGUGGCACGGCGGAUGUACAGUGUGGUUUGGGGAGGAGAAUUUCAACAAUUUUUUCAAGUUGACGAUGUCACUGCACAACACAACAGGUAGACUAGGUGUUACCGGCAAUGCUUGUUACGAAAAAACCUAAAAACCAGUAGACUUCAAUCGUUGAAGCUUGGCAAAGGUGGCUGUGGUAGGUUCCAUAGGUGUAUGCGCACUCAGGCCCAGCAGUGGUGCUAAGGGUUGCCAAAUGGUUUUGCAAGUAAUGUGAACGUGAAAACACAAUUAACAUGAUUUCUUUUAUUUUAUUUAAAAAAAUUUUAAAAAUAAAAGUACAAUUAAAUGGGAAAUAAUCUUAAAAGUAGUUUAUUAUAGUAAAUAUUUUUCGUAAUUGUUACCUUUUAGUAAAACACUCUUUAGA